UCCGAUUGUGGAUAGUUUCAGUGAUGCUAGAUCCUUACGGAAAUCCUAUAAUGUUCCUUCGGGAGAAGAGGACAGCCGUGCACCCGUAUCCUCAGAGAGCGAUGAUGUUCACCGGAUACUACAGACCCGUUCGUCGUUCGAAUCACGGUGGCCAGGCGACCGGUGUUUUCGCGCAAGGGAACGCGGUGAGCGGUGAGGCGUUCUUCGCUGGCAUGCAGCCACCGCAUUUGAACAACGGGCCGGAACCGAUCGAGGAAUCGGAAGUGUCAAGCGCGGAGGCGCAAGCCGCUCCAGAGGUGGACGAGGGCUACAACGAGGACGAGCAACAUCAGGUGCAACGGGAGGAAGAUUAUCAGCGCAACGAGCAUCCUCAACAGGACGAACGUCGUCCUCAGGAUGAAGCGAAUCAUCCUCAGGGCGAUGACCGACAUCACGAGGAGGACGAGCAGCAUCAACAUAAGCAACAAAGUGUUCCUCAGGAGCAACCGGAACCGGAACCCGCCCCCGCCGUGUUCACCACCGAGGCAGCCGCGGUGACUCCAGCCGCGGAGCCAGUGAUCACAGAAGCGUCCCAACCGAGUCGUCCCAAGCAGCACGGGAAAAAGACGAAGAAGACACCGGUGGUCGUGGUGGACGACGACGAGGAGGACGACGAGGACGAGGACGACGACGACGUGCCGUCCGUUCCCUUCAUCCCUUUCAAGGGGAGUCGCCGUCGGCAAAACUACCCGAACCUGAACAACUUCUUCCCCAUGGUGUUCAGCUUCCCCGGCGGGUCUAGCCGAUCUGGAUCCACCGGAGGAUCCCCCCCCGGAGCCGUGACAGCGAUCGCCAACAGUUACUCGACCGGGAAGGGCGGCGUUGCGAGCUCGGUCGCCACUGCUUACGGCGGAUCCCCUAACGGGAAAAAGCGGCGUACACCGGUGGCCGAAGAGUAGAUCAUCGAGUGGGGUCGAUCUGGCACAGAGUUAGCCGUCAUCGAUACCGUUAAGAUCGAUAUUCCAGCGGACAUUAAUAUGCAGACAGAAGAGAGAGAAAGAGAGAG